UGAUAACAAAGUUGUUGUCUGUUUAUGUUUACUUUUUCUCGUAUAGUCGUAUCAAAAGUUUAUGAGAAAGAGUGCAAAACUGCAAAGUGUAAAAUAGGUACUUGGUGUGUUCGAUAAUUACAUGGCACGGUUGGUUUUUAUAGAGGAUUUAAAAUUGAUCAGUCCUUUAGUCAAUGAGUAAUGACUAUGAUUCAUAUGUUCUGAUGUGUAUGAUUAGCGCUAACAUUAUAACAAAUUCAAAUUAUUGAAAAUUGUUGUUCAUUGUUAUUGCCAUUAUGGUGACCAUUGAUUAUGAAAACAUUAAAAAGUAUCCUACUGUGGAAUGUGCUCUUUGUGGAUUUGUGUUUCGUAAUAAAACAAGUAUGAAAAAUCAUCUUGAUUCUAUGCACAAUGGAAAUAAAACUGUAUCAGGGUUUAUAACAAAAAGACCUCGAAAAUGCACUGAUUUACAAUGUAUGGAAAAAGGAUGCAAAUGUAAAUUUUACAAUAAACAGCUCUUUAUUAGUCAUUUAAAAUUUGACCAUUGUAUUGAUUUUGACAUACGUAGUUUGAAGUUCACUUCAGAAGAUGAAUUUCUAACAUGGAAAGAAGACUUUGAACAAGAAAAUAAUAGUCGUUAUGUCCGUGUUACUGGUUGCAAGACACUUCAGGAUGGAAAAAAACUUUCUUAUUACUACUGUAAUAGGUCUACAUACUUCACUAGUAAGUCUAAAGGAGUGCGAAAGCGAAGUACUCCAGUUAAAGUAAAAGGAUUAUGUACAGCAUCUAUUAAAGAAGUCAAAAACAAAGAUGGCUCUGUUGAAAUAUUAUUAUGUGCUACACACUAUGGUCAUGACAUAUCAUCUGAACAUAUGAGAAUGACCAAACGUGAACGAGAAGAAAUUACUGAAUUAAUUCAACGAGGAGAUCAUCCAGACUUUGUCAUCAACGCUGCUCGUGCCAAGGCAUCAGAUUCGCUGGGACGUGUUCAUAUGUUAAAUAGAAAAGAUAUUAAGAAUAUUGAACGUAAAUUGGGAAUUAGGCAUCCAGAUUAUUUAAAACAAAGGACAAUUAAUGAUCUGAGCACAGAUAGGUGGAUUUUGAAAUUACAACGUACUCCUGAUAAUCCUAUAUUGUUUUAUAAGCCUAAUAAUGUAACAUGUGAACACUUAGAACCUAAUGAUGUUAUGUUAAUAUUUAUGACUCAAAAUCAGUACAAUUGGAUAAAUAAAUUUGGAACUGAUGGAAUAUUCAUGGUGACUGAAAUGAGUAUGGUUCGUGCUCAGUUAUAUUUGACUGUACUGUAUGUGUGUGAUGAAUUUAAUGUGAUGCUACCAGUAUGUUUCAUGAUUUGCAACGAUAGUAAAAUUUAUCAAUCAUUUUUUUUAAACAUCAUUUUUAAUAAAAUGGGCUCUAUUUAUGCUAAAGCUUUAAUUACUGAUGAUAACUACGACUUGUAUGAAAGUUGGUGCUCAAUUAUGUCACCAGUUAAGCAUGUUAUUAACCAAAGAUACAUUGAUAAUCAAAUAAUAGAAAAGCUUCAAACUGAUAUUGAAAAACAAGAUUUACAACAUGAAAUUUAUGAUAAAAUAUGUUCAUUUUUUAAUGGAUCUGAUGAAAGUAUGAAAGAAGAAAUUAUAAAUUAUACUAAUAAUAACCUUAAGAUGAACAAUGAAACAAAACCAUUUGGAAUAUUUUUUGAUCAGAUGUUUGCUAGUAGAGCAGAUAUGUGGGCUUUCUGUUAUUUAAAAGAUUCACUUAACUUAAAUCAAAUGAUAAACAUUAACACUGUUUAUAACCAAAUGAUAGUACUAUGUGAAAACAAAAAACAUUUUACUCCAAAUUUGUCAAAAAAUAUGCACAUUUUCUUUACAGCUCUCUUAGAAAUUCAGAAAAAUAGAAAAACAAAAAUUGAUGAAAUCAAUAUUAAAAUUUCCAACAACCACAAAAACGCAAUGUGUUAUCCAUCUAAACUUAUUUUCCCCCUCUCUAAUAAUAAGUGGCGAGUUACACUAGAAGAUGGUACAAAUAAUGGUUAUGUGACAAUUACUCGAAAGUUUUGUAAAAUCAUUGAUUGCAUAGUCAAGUGUCAAGCAUGUUACAAUAUCUGUGCCCAUAUUUAUGAAUGUUCAUGCAGUCGAGGAGAAAUUACUAUAUGUGAACACGUUCAUAUGUUAGGCAUCUUCAACAAAAGGUCACUAGUUGAUGUGGACGAACAAUUGAAAGAAGAAAAACUAGAUGUUGAAGAUAUGAAAACUAAUAUUUUGUUAAAAUUAAAACGAAUUCUUGGCAAUAUAGAUUUUGUCAAUGAUGAAGAAAUUCUUAGAAGAAUCAGUGUGUCAUUAAGUAGAGUAGAAAAUAGUGUUAAUAAAGUAAAAAAUGACGACAAUUGGUAUGAUGAUUAAUUGCUAUGAAUUACUCAGUAUUAUUAUUUAUUAAGCUUUAUCAUUGAUUUUAUCAAAUUAAUGGUAUUAAAAUGAUUUGAUUAAUUUUUCAUAGAUGCUUUUAAAAUGUUAAGUGUUCCUUUUUCAUUUGUAAUGUAUGUCUUUAAAUGUUUUAUGUGUUACCUACUAAUAACAAUAUUUAUUUUGUGUAUAAUGUUUAAACCAUAUUAUAGUCAUAAUUUGUUGAGUUUUCUGACAGCGUAGACCUAGGAUUUUAAUAUCUAUGUUUAGUACCAAUUUUUUAAUAACAAAUUAUGCAUAACUAAACUAAAUACUAUGUAUUAUUUAAGUAAUCUCAUCUCAUCUCAUCUCAUUAUUAUAUAAACUACUUUAUAAGUACAUUAUUUAUCUAAAUAUGAAUCAAAGACUUGUAGUGUUAUGAACAUAAAUUGCUUUUUAAAUUAUGUUAUACUUAAAACUAAAUGUAUGUAUCAAUAUAACCUGUGUGUGACUAUAAAAAAAAAAUUAUAAAAACUUUGUUUGUCAAGUAUAAAAUUAUA